AUGAGCGGUGCAGCCAACGCAUCUGGAGGACAUUCAGGAGGUUCGGGCUUCGCUGGUGGAGGUCGACCACCGCAGAGAACAUUCGAAGAACGAGCGGCGGCGAAAGAACAAAUGAUGCAGUCAGUGCGCGAGUCAUCUCAACAAGACCGUCGGGUCUAUGUGGGCAAUUUGGCGUACGACGUCAAAUGGCAUCACCUCAAAGAUUUCAUGAGACAAGCGGGAGAAGUUCUCUUUGCUGAUGUCUUGCUUCUUCCGAAUGGAAUGUCGAAGGUGGGCGCCAUUGUGAUUGUGGAAUACGCAACUAGGGAACAAGCCCAACAAGCCAUUCAGACUCUCAGCAAUCAGAGCUUGAUGGGUCGCCUUGUCUACGUUCGAGAGGACCGCGAAACCGAGCCACGAUUCACCGGCCCACCGGGUGGUCGCGGCGACUACGGCGGCGGGCCCCGCGGAGGCGGUGGCUUUGGUGGCUACGGUGGUGGUCACUAUGCCGGCGGUAUGGGCGCCGGCGGUGGUGGCGGUCGGCAACUUUAUGUUUCCAAUCUCCCUUUCAAUGUCGGGUGGCAGGAUCUGAAGGACCUCUUCCGCCAAGCUGCUCAAGAAGGAACCGUCAUUCGAGCCGACGUCCACGUUGAUCCUACCGGCCGUCCCAAGGGCACCGGCAUUGUGGCAUUCGAAUCUCCUAACGAUGCCCGAAACGCAAUCCAGCAAUUCAAUGGUUACGAUUGGCAUGGCCGCGCCCUUGAAGUCCGAGAAGAUCGCUACGCAAGCAGCGGGCCUCCCAUGGGCGGCUACGGUGCACGCGGCGGCUUUGGAGGAGGGUACGGCGCCCGCGGCGGUUUCGGUGGUGGUAGAGGAGGCUUUGGAGGCCGUGGAGGUUAUAGUGGCGGCUAUGGUCGAGGAGGCGGCUAUGCCGCCGGUGGUGGUUAUGCCGGUGGAGGCGGAGGCGCUGGUUACGGUGGAGGAGCAGCUCAAGAGCAAGCGGCUCCCAACCCUUUCACCGACUUCGCGACUACCGGAGGCGAGCGCAGCCAGACUAUCUACGUCCGGAAUCUCCCUUGGUCCACCAGCAACGAGGACUUGGUCGAAUUGUUCACCACGAUUGGCAAAGUCGAACGCGCGGAGAUCCAGUACGAGCCAGGUGGGCGGUCGCGCGGAUCUGGUGUCGUCGAAUUUGACACUGCUGAGAACGCUGAAACAGCCAUCUCAAAGUUCACAGGCUACAUGUACGGUGGCCGGCCCCUCGGAUUGAGCUACGUCAAAUACACCAACGCCAAUGGCAACGAGCCUAUGGAGGGUCAAGAGGCAACAGGUGACAUGACUCAAGACCAGAUGAUGUGA